UCGUAGCCAUUCAAUUCGUAGUAAGCUCUCGUUCCGAACGGUCGCAACCUAAACUUGGCUUUAAAGACCCUUGCGCUCCGUUUCAUUUCGCGGCAAACACAUUCCAGUGCACAGUGCAACGCGCCCAAGACCAACCUACAUUUUAACCAAGUCCCUGCAAACCCGUUUCUCCAGCCCAAAAACCACUACUCUUCAGCCCAAAGCCAUGUCGUCCAACCGAGCUCCCAAGUCUGGUUUCGCUGCCGAGGCUCAGCGCAAAAUUAACUCAAAGUACAGCGAGGAGCUGGCUCAGGAAUCCCUGGAGUGGAUCAAGGCUGUCACCGCUGAGCCGAUCAACACCUCCGGCGACACCGACAACUUCUUCGAAGUGCUCAAGGAUGGCGUGAUCCUGUGCAAGCUGGCCAACGCCCUGCAGCCCGGCUCCAUCAAGAAGAUCAACGAGAGCAAGAUGGCCUUCAAGUGCAUGGAGAACAUCUCUGCCUUCCUCGAGUGCGCCAAGAACUUCGGAGUGCCCACCCAGGAGACCUUCCAGAGCGUUGAUCUGUGGGAGCGCCAGAACCUCAACUCGGUGGUCAUCUGCCUGCAGUCCCUGGGUCGCAAGGCCUCGAACUUCAACAAGCCAUCGAUCGGGCCCAAGGAGGCCGACAAGAACGUGCGAAAUUUCAGCGAGGAGCAGCUGCGCGCCGGCCAGAAUGUGAUCUCCCUGCAGUACGGAUCCAACAAGGGCGCCACCCAGUCCGGCAUCAACUUCGGCAACACCCGACACAUGUAGACGGACCUCCUCCGCCCCACUCCGCUCUCAGACAUUCCGCAAUAAAAGCCAAAACCAAAACGCCAACAUCUUCCGCAACCGCCAAAGUUUGGCUCUCUUUGCUUUUGGGUUCCACAUAUUUCACGUUUCGAGAUAAAUUUGGGAUGAGCCCCUGCCCGACCAGAUGAAAAAAACAAAAAAUCAAAAAACAUGAUAUGAUACAGAUAUAUAUUUAUGAUACCGAUUUGUAUUUGUAUUCAGAUUGACCAGGCGUAUGCUGUUAUGUAAUAACAUAAACUACUUUAAUUUAAUAUUAUUAAGUACUCGUACAUACGGAUCUUCAGGAUGAUUUAUUCUAUUUUCAACAUUUGCAUUUGCGACACGAUCGUUUCGGCAUCCAUGUAGGCAUCCUUAUAGGCAGCACCCAAAAUAAAAUAUUAAAACAGCACCCUUCACAGAUCCUGUGCCAUCGAAGACAGCUUGAAAUUAUCCUGUCCCCAUGCAAAAUGAGAUAAUAAUUGAUCAACCGAUCGAAAAGAAAGUGAACAUGAAUUGUGUUUGAUGAAAGUGUCUUCUAUCUCGUAGAGUAACGAUUACAAUGUUGUUUCAAACUAACCACCUGAUGAUACCAAUCAAAAAGCAGAGCAUUUAAAGUUAAAACAAAUCUAUUUACAUACAGAGAACUAUAUGUAUUACACACUUUUGAAGAAUCUAUUUUGAAUAAUGUCCCCUGUUGAAAAUAAAUAAUUAUUCUUUUAACAUA